AUGGUUCAAGCGUUCAUGUCAGCCCACCGACUCAAGGAGCAGCUUCCAAGCACCACUCAGCGAUACGACGACCAGGAACCAGGCUCCUCGUCGCCCAUGGUUAUUCGCAGUACAUUUCUGAAUGAGCAAAGCACGGUGGAAGUAGAGUUACCUGACGGUUGGCAACGUUUUUGCAAUCCAGCUGAAGGACGCCCCUAUUACCGGAAUCCCCUUCUCAGAAUACUUACCGAAUCGAACAUAACAGAAGGGCACGUUCUCAACCGAGUCAUGCAAUGGAAUCAAAUAAUCGCGCCUUUAGCGAGUCGGUUCACCAAGAGGGACUACGAUGUUGUUUUAAAUGUUUCCGGGGACGAAGGAAUGGGGUCUUGCAACUAUUACUUGGUUGAUUAUGCUGCAAAAGAGAUUUCUUGGCUCAGGGACCUCCCAACUACAACCCUAGGGAUGCCCGACAUUCGAAGUUCCAAUCAUCUUAAACUUCUCUUGUCGGAGCAGUUCUGGGUUCAUUGCGAAUAUAUGCCCCCUCCCCACAAAGACUUUCGUCAGAAUGCAGAAAAUCUACUUGCUACUCUCGGGGUUCUCUCAAUAGAUACACUAUCGUCCACUGGUUCUGUUUCGCCUUUCCAGCAAGAGGAGUGCGAAUUGUACUCAAGGGCGCUGCUCCAGGCGCUCAAUAAUGGUGGCCAUAUCGAAAUUAACUGGUGUCUUGGUCGGCUUCACAGUUUAAUCACCCAAAGCCGUAUCAUAAAUCUGUUUGGGGAACCCAAUGCACGAACUGACAGGAAUGUAGUGGUUAAUGGACAGAAAUCUCCUCCAGAAACCAUGGUCUUCAUGCUUUGGUCUAUUCUAAUGUUCAACAUCCCAAGUAUAUACCUGGCACGGUGGAAUGCUAUAUGGGUAGAUAGGGUAACAUACACACGUGAAUGGAGAAAAUUGACGAAAGACGUGAUGGAAGAAUUGUUAUACGGCUUGAUCGCUUCGGGUGUAAUGAUCCUUGCCAGUGUUACACUCCAAGGAUUGACUUCUUCAACUGCUAUUCGUGUAUUGGCUACAGUUGCGAUGAUCUUCGCGAUAACUAGCGGGUUCUACGCAGCUUCAUUAUUCUCAAAGCUUCGCACACUCGGAGGGUGUGCGGCCGAUGCUGUAAGUGGAGCAGUAUAA